AUGGCCAGCGCAAAACCUCCAGCGGCCAUCGCAUCGCCAUUGCUGCGCUUCCGGACCUUUCGAUCUAACCGCACCUAUUUAGUUUGGGCCUACCUCUUGUCCAGUCCUUCUCUCAACCUUCGGCUUCUCCGUCAGUUCAUCACCGUAGCGCGCUUCACGUCAGCGUCUUUCACCCCAAUCGAGGUCUGCGAACCUGCACGGAGGUGCCGUCUUCGCCUCAGACCUCUCGCCAUCAUCUUUCCCGCGGCUGCGCAUCAGUCCCUAGUUAACCGCAUACACCCUACGACCCUAGUCAUCGACUCGGCCUGA